AUGGGAAGAGGAAUAUUUAUGCAUGACUCGGACAUUGCAAGGCUCCCAUAUCUACUUGAUGCUAGAGUAGACAAAGUUUACGAGCUUUUUAGCUCUUUUAUCUCUGAAUUCAAUGUUGAGGAUUAUUCCGGUUCGAUUACUCUUGUUGAUGAAGAUUAUGAAAUCCUCGAGUCAAAACUUAGGUUUCCUCUUGCAAAAUCAUAUUAUGGACUGAAAAUGUUUAUGCAGAUCGAAAAAAGUUUUAAGAGUGAAGAGGAAAAUACCAGUAACAAGUUUAAGAAAUUUGAGGUUAACCUAUCGCACGUACGUGCCUACAAUGAGCUCCUAUAUAGUUUGCUAGUGAAAUACCCAGCAGAUUGUAUAAGUGAACUUGACAGAAUUGUCCAAUCAUUCUUCCAGGAGAUUUUAAAUCACUAUUUCAAGGGAUCUGGUGUUGUUGUUGACAGUUUAAAGCUUGGUUGGAUGCCAAGAGUUCGUCUGUUUGGAAAGCCCCAGGUAGAUUUGUACUCAAGUCUCGAUCCAUCAGAUAUUGAUUCACUUGUUUGUUUGAAAGGUACUGUUCUGAGAGCAUCGACAGUUUCACCUGAAAUUACAAUGGCUGCUUUUAAAUGCACAGGAACAAAAAAGGUUGGCCUAAAUGCCACCGAAAAAUGUACACAUGAGGUCUACGAAUAUGUCAUUCAGGGAGAGGUAAAUGAGCCUCUCCUUUGUCCUCAAUGCAAAUCUAGAAAUAGUUUUACUCUCUGGCAUAAUAUGUGUUGCUUUGCUUCUAAGCAACUGAUUAAACUCUUGGAGAUAUCAGACACUGAUUCUCCACAGUCGAUUACACUCUAUGCUUAUGACGAUAAUAUUGAUGAGGUUAACCCUGGUGAUAAAGUAGAGGUUACUGGAAUAUACAAGACAUCUGCAAUAAGAAUUAACCAGGGUAGACGUUCGUGUCAAUCUGUUUAUAGGACAUUUAUAAAUGUUAUAAAUUUUAAAAAGGAAGUAAGCGCACAAAGAAUACAGAUCCAGAAACUCAGUGGAACUGGAGGUGAUUCAAAGCUUAAUUUUUCAUCUGAACUCGUUGAAAAAAUUUUGGAACUCUCAAAGAGUGAGAAUUUGUACUCACUUCUUGUGGACAGUUUUGCUCCAUCUAUUGAGGGCCGUGAUGAUGUAAAGAGGGGGCUUUUGUGCCAGCUCUUUGGUGCUAGUCAGGAUCCACAGAGCAAAAUGCGUUCACAAAUCAAUAUUUUGCUCUGUGGCGAUCCAUCUACAGCAAAAUCCCAACUUCUAAAGUAUGUACAUAUGUUGGUACCUCGCGGUGUUUACACAAGCGGCAAGGGAAGUUCACAAGUCGGUUUGACCGCUUACGUACGCAAGGAUCCAGACACUCACGAAUAUAUUUUAGAAUCAGGAGCUGUAGUUCUAUCUGAUAAUGGUAUUUGCUGUAUUGAUGAAUUUGAUAAAAUGGAUGAAUCUGCACGUGCAAUUUUGCAUGAAGUUAUGGAACAGCAAACUGUGACUGUUGCAAAGGCUGGUAUUGUUGCUACCUUAAAUGCAAGAACUGCAAUUCUAGCUUCUGCAAACCCAAAGAAUUCACGAUACGAUAAAAGAAAGGCUGUUGUAGAAAAUAUUAAUCUGCCACCAUCUCUAUUUAGCAGAUUUGAUCUCAUUUACCUCGUUCUAGACUAUGUUGACGCAUCUCAGGAUAGAGAAAUUGCCAAGAAAAUCUGCAAUACAUUUUCUAUGGAUGAUGUAACAGCUCCACCAAUUCCACCAGAGUUGCUGGCCAAAUACAUUUCAUUCGCGAGGGCUCAUUGCAAUCCCUACAUUAUCAAUGAAAGUCGUGAAAUUUUAGUUGCAGAGUAUCUCAAGAUGAGGGACGUACAUAGUGGAUCAUCUGGUGGUGCAGGUGCACGACAGUUGGAAGCUCUGAUUAGAAUAUCACAGGCUCUCGCAAAAAUGAGACUUUCAAUACGUGUAGAGGCUUCAGACGCUGUAGAAGCCGUAAGGCUUAUGAGGACAUCGACAUUUCAAUCGCUCAUUGAUCCAAGCUCUGGCAAAAUUGACUUUGAUCAACUUGUAACCGGAUACUCCGUACAAGAAACAAAGAGGAGAGGGGAACUCAAGGAACAGAUUAUCCAGGCUCUGCAUGAAUCUAGUGCUGGAAUUGAGAAACUUUUGGAAAAGCUAAGAACAAAAGACAAGUUUUUGGAAAGGACACUAGUAGAUAGUCUGAUUACAGAACUCGAACAAGAGGGAAAAAUUCACAGGUCCAACCAAGGAUAUUCUAUAAAUACAACCUUAGUGUGA